AUGUCUACUCGGUCUCCCAACCCCGUCGCCCUAGUCGUGGGCGCCUCUCGAGGCAUUGGCCGCCAGAUUGCUAUCGACCUUGCGAAGAACGGAUACACCGUAAUCAUAGCCGCCAAGUCAGCCACCUCGCCAGAUCCCACAGCACCCUUCCCACCAGACCCUAACUCCCCCGCCUCCACCAUCCACACCGUCGCCCGCGAAAUCACCCUCGCCGGCGGCACCGCCCACCCCGUCCAAGUCGAUGUGCGCGACCCCGCCCAGAUCGAUAACCUGGUGAACGAGACCGUACGUAUUAGCGGUGGUCGGCUGGAUGUUCUGGUCUACAAUUCGGGUGCGAUAUGGUGGUCGUCUGUUGCCAAUACGCCUCUCAAGAGGUUCCAGCUGAUGCAGCGGGUCAAUCCGGAGGGGCUGUAUGCGACUAUCAUGGCGGCGUUGCCGGUAUUUGAGAAGAAUGGGUGGAAGGGGAGGAUUGUGGUGGUUUCGCCGCCGAUUUAUUCGAGGUUUUUCAGGGGAAAGACGGCUUAUGCUAUGGGCAAGGUUGGGAUGAGUGUGCUCACUCGUGGCUUGGCUAUGGACUGGGUGAGGGAGGGAAAGUCGGAUAUGGCUAUUACUAGUAUUUGGCCUGCUGCGGCUGUUGAAAGCGCAGCAACGGAGAUGAACCCUGCAAAUAAUGACGAUUCGCGAAAGGCUGAUUUGAGGAAGCCGACAAUCUUCUCCGACGCAAUCCUCGGGAUCUUGAACACGCCAGCACACGUCGUGAAUGGACUUCUAGCUCUCGAUGAGGACUUCCUACGUGAUUACUGCGGGGUGACCGAUUUCUCCAAGUACUCCGUCAUUCCCGGAAGCAAUCCAAGACGCAUGAUGCCGAAAGAGAUGCCCGUGCUAGAAGUUGCGGAGCAGGACGACGAGGGAGUGAGGAUGGACAGUAGCAAAGGGAAGGCAGAAGCGAAGCUGUAA